UAUAUGGGGGUAUAAUUGUGAUGCAUAAUCUAUAAUACAAUAUAUUGGUCGACUGUACAAUGGCCACAAUCAAAACUCAAGCAAACUCCGAUGCUCCCAACUCUAAAACCCAUCCACGCCGUGAUGCAGGGAGUAUGGUGCUAAUAUCGUACCCGAUGAUGAAUGAGCUCGGGCGGGCUCGGUAUAGACGCGGUGGGGGCGUGUCCCUUGAUUUGGUACAACCGCAAUUGCAAUAAAAAAAGUCCGUUUCUCAGGCUCGUAGUAAUAAUCGCGAGGCGGGUGUUGUUCUAAGGGGAUAUAUAUAAUGUAGCGCGAAAAGCGACGGGAGGAUGCAUCGUCGUGAU